AUUAACAUGUCAUCUGUCAAGAUUUGUCAAAUUAAUGGUGGAAGGUGAUAAGGUUGGGUUAAUGGAUAAUUCAUAGGUUUUAAGGAAUAAGUGGUUUAUACUACCAUUAAGAUUUAUAAAUAUAUACAUAUGUAAAUUUUUAUUGAAAGUUUUUGUUUUGUAAGAAGAUGAUCGAUGUUACGCCGCAGAAUUUCCUACAAGAUGAGGCUAAUAUAACAUCGGUAUAUAAUCAACGAUCUUUCCACUUAUCUCGACAAAUCCAUGUUGCUAAAACCAUGCAAGAAAUUAUUCCAGGAGUAUAUCUCGGCCCAUUCACUGCUGCACAAAAAACCAUUCUAAUAGAGAACGGUAUUAAUUACGUUAUAUGUGUUCGCCAAGACGUUGAAGCAAAUGUUAUUAAACCACAAAUAAAUGAUCCAACUUUUGCUUAUCUUACUCUCAAUAUUGCUGAUAACGUAACAGAGAAUAUUAUUAGGUUUUUUCCAAAAGUGAAACAGUUCAUUGAUGAAGCUCUUUCAAAUAAUUGCAAAGUUUUGGUUCACAGCAAACAAGGAAAUUCCAGGAGUGCCACGCUUGUGUUGGCUUACAUAAUGGAGAAAUUUGGACUGACAUCCAGUGAAGCUUUGCAGUUUGUAAGAACGAAACGAGCUACAGUUGACCCAAAUGAAGGUUUCCGUGCACAACUAAUAGAAUAUGAACCUAUAUACAAAGCUCGACAGAUAUUAGCUAAUGGAGAAACGUCCCAGGAUUGUAGAUCUAAAAGAAAAUGUGAACAGCUUACAGAAACUGUCGAUUAUAAUCUUAUUCAGAGGCCGCCAAGUCCGGUAUCAGAUAAUCAUGCAGAAAUAAGUGUUAAAGUCUACGAAGACUUUUCUGAUCACCUAUAUAGACUUCUAAGAGGCAGCUAAAGGGGUAAAAGUAUUCAUGUUUCUUUUAAAAUUCAAAGACUCUAGUGACGAUGUAAAGUUACCUAGGACAUAAAACUAAAUUAUUUGAUAGCCGAAAGUAAGACUGAAACUUGGGAUAUGCUUUGUCCCUUUUUCACUGUGGGGUCAAUAACUUCUUAAUAAAUGCAUAUUUGUGAAAAAUUAAGUUAUAAUACACCAUUUAUGACACUGAAAUAUCAAAGUUAUCACCUUGAUUAGAUUUAUAUUGAAGUUGUUAUUUACAGUGCUAAAAGGGCAGAUUUUGAACUUUCUAUAUAAUUUUUGGCUUAAUAAGUGGAUUAAAUAGGGGUGUAACUAUAUUACAACUGCAAUACCACAAUUGCAGUGUCUUGUCCUUUUUAUCUACCUUGAGUAUUCAGUAUGAGUUUUAACUAACAGUUCCAGGAAUUCAAACUUUACAUCCAAACUAGUAGUUCAUUAUUUUGUAUCCAUUGUUAUUACGAAAAAAAAAACCUUCAUAUUUACUUCACAAGUUUGUUGCAUUUAAUUGUUUGCAUUUAAUUUAAAAAAUCAAAUGACAUAUUUUUUAACGAAUAAAUACUUCAGAAGAAUGUUUUUAUACAAUAUCCACAAAGUUUUAAUAAGUUCUUGCCAUCAAUAAUAAUUUUACCGAUUUAAUCAUAAAAUUGCAAUUUACAAAAAAAAUGGAGCUACAAGAUUGGCUUGGGAGGUUUAAAGAAUUUGACUUACACAUAUUUACUUAAAACCAUAGACAACAUUCUAUUUUGUUUUUAGUUUAAAGACAAUAUUUCAAGUUAAAAUGAUUAAAAAUCAAUCUUUAAAGAAAAUAAGUGAAAAUGUCUUGAAAUCCACGUUGUUUUCUUAUUGUUGGUCGUUAAUUUAUUGUCUCACUGUGUAAAUGAAAUUUGUGCUUUACAAAUUUAGAGUUGAAAUCAAUUUUCCAAGGAAACUGGUCAAAAUGUCUUCAAAUCCACGUUGUUUUCUCAUUGUCAGACGAUGUAAAUAUAAAUACUGACUGAUAUUGGGCUUCCAGUAAAAUUAGCCCCUUAUAAUAAUAUACAGUGUGUCCAUAAAUUCAUCUUUCAAUUAAAGAAAUAUUUUAUACAAAAGUAUUGGUUCAAAUUGAUUAUUCUAUUUUUAAUUAUCAACUGUCUGGUUUUAUAUCCAUGCUGCCGUAAUCAAAUUUCAUUGACCUUUGUGCAUUCGAAAACGUGAAAUUAACCAAUUAACAAGGAUUUCAAUUUAAAUUUUUUGAAAAAUUGUGAUAAAAGUUUCAUACAUUUUUCCAGUAGGUUAUGCCCCGAUUUUUAUUUCCUACAUCCAAAAUAUCUAAUAUUGGUUAAAAAGAUUUUCGAGAAGGUUAUCAAAAAAGUAUAUGUGGGGAAAAACAUGCUGAUUAAAUAUUUGCCUACCUUUUGUGUCACACUUCUAUGAAAUACACGAUUUUAUGCAUAUUUUAAUAUUGCUCACAGCAAUUUUAAUAUAACUCGUUUUGGAUAAACAUUCCUGUAAAACUAUAGUGAACUAAUAGUGAUAUUGAAAAAAAUCGAUUGCUGAUAUUAGUUCUCAAACUGUGAAAGUUUAUACCAGAAGAAUUUAUAAUAAAGAUGAAUAAAAUAGUUUGGAGUUGAUAAUUUUCACUAAUUGAUUCAUGUUUUUAGUAUGUCUAGACUUUUUUUAUGUAAAUUCUUCUAUAAAUGGGCUAGUCAGCUUUUGUUAUUUAUUUUUAUAAGUAUAGCUAUGUAAAUGGUAAUUGAAAUUUUUGUAUACAAAUAUCUUAUUUCUUUUAAAAAUUGUAAAUAUUAAUUCUUUUUAGUGCCUAUUUGUAAAGAGUUUUUUGGAUUUAUAACUUAAGGAAGAAAUCUAUAUUUUUAUAUCUUUGUAAAUUUGUUUUUGAUUCUUGUAAUAUAGUUAACAUUUAUUUUACCUUGUUUUUCACAUUACAUACAACUCAUCAGCUGAUCGUAUUCACACAUAUAGAUAUUACACAAGUAUCCAAUAAUUAUUAAGAACAAAAACUGUUUGUUUUACAUGCAUUAAAAAAAAAGGAUCAAAAUCCAAAUGAAACUAAAACGAUGUAACCAAAAAAAUGUAAAUAAACAAUGACAACAUCGAGAAUGGUUA